CCCUCUGAGUCAGGCACUACUUUAACCCUCCUCUCUUGGAGCUCUGUCUCCCUUCCUGGUGUUCCCUGUUUUGUUUCUCGAGGGGAAGACAGAAGGAGAGCUCCCUUGGGUUGCCAUGAAUUCUGCCACCAUCAGCUGUGAGUCCCCCAGCUCCUUGAGGGUCGACGGUGUGCCCAGUUCCCACACUAAAGGCCAAGGUGAGAGGCAGGAUGGGCAGCUGAAGGAUCCUAGCAGCAGUCACCUGGCCUAUGGCAUUCUGGACAACCCACCAUGGUAUCUCUGCAUCUUCUUGGGGAUCCAGCACUUCCUCACAGCCCUGGGGGGCCUCGUGGCUGUGCCGCUCAUUCUAGCCAAGGACCUCUGCCUGCAGCAUGACCCCCUGACCCAAAGCUACCUCAUCAGUACCAUGUUCUUCGUCGCGGGCAUCUGCACCCUUUUGCAAGUGUUCUUAGGAGUCAGGCUGCCCAUUCUCCAAGGAGGGACCUUUUCUUUUGUGGCACCCUCUCUGGCCAUGCUCUCUCUUCCUGCCUGGAAAUGCCCCGAGUGGACGCUCGAUGCCAGCCAGGUCAACACCAGCUCCCCUGAAUUCACUGAAGAGUGGCAGAAGAGGAUCCGAGAGUUGCAGGGUGCUAUCAUGGUGGCUUCCUGUGUGCAGAUGCUGGUGGGUUUCUCAGGUCUCAUUGGAUUUCUUAUGCGCUACAUCGGCCCCUUGACCAUCGCCCCCACCAUUUCUCUGGUGGCCCUGCCUCUCUUUGAAUCUGCCGGCAACGACGCCGGGAUCCACUGGGGGAUAUCUGCCUUGACCAUCUUCCUCAUCGUUCUGUUUUCUCAGUAUCUCAAGAACGUCGUGGUGCCUGUGCCCGUUUAUGGAAGAGGGAAGUGUCACGUCUCCAAAUUUAACCUGUUUCAGGUCUUCCCUGUGCUGCUGGCCCUCUGCAUCUCAUGGCUCUUCUGCUUCGUGCUCACUGUCACCAACACCCUCCCCAAGUCCCCCAUGGCAUAUGGGUACAUGGCCCGUACAGACACCAAAGGCAGCGUGCUGAGCCAGGCCCCUUGGUUCCGCUUCCCUUAUCCAGGACAGUGGGGCCUCCCCACCAUCAGCCUGGCUGGAGUCUUUGGAAUCAUUGCUGGAGUGAUCUCCUCCAUGGUGGAGUCGGUGGGGGAUUAUCAUGCCUGUGCUCGGCUGGUUGGUGCCCCACCCCCUCCGAAGCACGCCAUCAACCGGGGCAUCGGCAUCGAAGGCCUUGGCUGCCUGCUGGCAGGGGCCUGGGGCACCGGCAAUGGUACCACCUCCUACAGCGAGAACGUCGGGGCACUGGGCAUCACCAGGGUCGGGAGCAGGAUAGUGAUCGUCGCCGCAGGCUGCGUGCUGCUUCUGAUGGGCAUGUUUGGGAAGAUUGGGGCGGCAUUUGCCACCAUCCCUACCCCGGUGAUCGGAGGCAUGUUCAUCGUCAUGUUCGGGAUCAUCAGUGCUGUGGGGAUCUCCAACCUACAGUAUGUGGACAUGAAUUCAUCCAGGAACCUCUUCGUGUUUGGCUUCUCUAUCUACUGUGGGCUCGUCAUCCCCAACUGGGUGAGCGAGAACCCUGAGAAGCUGCAGACGGGGGUUCUCCAGCUGGACCAGGUCAUCCAGGUGCUCCUGACCACAGGCAUGUUUGUUGGCGGAUUCCUGGGCUUUGUGUUGGACAACACCAUCCCUGGCACCCUGGAGGAGAGAGGCCUCUUGGCAUGGAGUCAAAUCCAGGAGGAUUCUGAGGAGACCGUGAAGGCCGCCAAGGUCUAUGGCUUUCCCUGGGGAAUUGGCACCAAGUUCUGCACAUCUUCAUGGACCCGGGCCCUCCCGUUCUGGCCCAAGCUAGACCAACAUGGGGAUGAGGCGGGAGUGAGCCAGCUCACUCUGUGUCCCCAGACUUCCUCUGGAAAGCACCUGUGGAGUGUUACAGAGACCAAGAUGUGAAGAGAAGGUCCUGACCCGCAUCUCAUAGCCAGACUCUGGCCACCCAUCUGCCAGCAGAAUGCACGGACCUCUGUCCGCAAAUGGGUGCCCAAGGGCUUUUCUCAGCACCUCCCACACCGCACACUGUGGGGGCCAAGCAGCGUUGAUGAAGAGCUCGAUCCUGUGAGGCUGGCCUCAGGGCGUCCUUCUGCUGUGUUUGAGCUCCGGUGUGGACGAUGAGUCUGGGAUCUGCACAGUGCUAGUCCGCUUUGCUCUGCAGUAUUCUGGCGGAUGGGGAGCAAGAGCAUGGGGUCGAACAGGGGCAGGCUGUUUGCUGAAAAGCAAGGGGGCCAGGCACCCUGGAGUCUGGCCACUCAGGGGGCAGCCCGGGAGAGACACAAGCACAAAGCUUGUCUGGGCUGGAGUGACUUUAAGGCUACCUGGACCAGCUUAGCACUAGCACAAUCCUGUCUCAAAAUAAAAGUAAACAGCAUGCUGGGGAUGGA